UCACCUCUCUUUCAUGUUCCCUCCUUUCUUUCCUCUCCAACUUCCUCUCUCCCUCUUUCUCUCUCUCUCUCUAGAAACCAAACAGUGGGUUUUCCUCUAAUUUUCAUUUUCAUCUUCAUCACUCACUUCUGAUCCAUUCAAGCUCCAAAAUUCUAGCAUUUGAGUAUAAGAACCAAACUCCUCUGUUUUUCCCCUGUUUCUGCUUUGUUUCUUCUACUCUGUUUUAUUCGAGCGUAAGACCAAAUUCCUCUGUUUCUGCUCUGUUUCUACCCUGUUUUAUCAACAUCUCAUUCACCAUUGACAAUAUGUCCUCAAGUGUGGUGUGUCAAGGGUUGCAAUCUUGUCUCGAGCCUCGGCUUGUUGAACCACUAGUUCUGAGGCACAAAUUGUCACCACCCAAAUCAAACUCUUCCCAAUCCUUUUCAUGGCCUCAGAUGCCUUCUUCCAUGCAGCUACAGCCAGAACCCCAAGAGACCCCCAAUCACGAAAAUGACGAUAACAAAAACAAAACCAAUGAAAUCAAAAACGACCAAAGCAAAAACUGCGACAACAACAGUGGUUGUGGUGAUGGUGACAGCAAAAACAGCAGCAAUGGUGAUUUGGGUGGGUGGAGCUUCAUACAAGCUCUCACCAACACAUCUCCCAACUGCAAAGAAGUGACUGAGAGUGAGAAAGUCUAUGUCCACCCUCUCGUAAAGCGCUCUUCCUCAAUGCUAAGCAACAAAAGCUUGGAAAUGUGCACUGAAAGUUUGGGAAGUGAAACUGGUAGUGACAUUAGCGAAAGCAGCGAUGAAUUCACUUCUUUCUCGUCGGAGAGCCAGAAGUUCCGUGCCAUACAGAGAUUAAAAUCCCGGCAAUUCGCGAAGAAAUUGAAUCGCAGAGGCAGUUUUCCGCCUCCCCUGAGCUCCAUUAGUGGCUCAGACAGUGUUCAAGUGAGGCCUCACCGCGAAGGUGGCCGGUUGGUUAUAAAAGCUGUAGCUGUCUCUUCUUGUAGCAGCUACUUCCAAGCUGAGCGUGUCGAUGGCCGGCUUAGGAUCUCUUUGUUGAAGGAGUGCUGUGUGGACAGUGAGGAAGAAGAAGAAGAAGAAGAAGUAGGAAGUGAUGAAGUUGUUGUUGUUGAAGAACAUGACAGGGUUCAUGAAGAUGAAGCUGAAGCUGAAGCUGAUGGCGAAGAAGAAUAUUUUGAUGGUGAUGAUGAUGGUGAUGAUGAUGAUGAUGAUGAUGAUGAUGAUGGUCAUGAUGAUGAUGAGGAUGGUGGUGAUGGUGAUUACUGGAGUGAGGGCAUAGGAGGUAAGAGUGGGAGUGAAAAUGAGGUUGGAGAGCUUCCAAGACCAAGCAGGUGCAAGGAAAGUGGGAGUGGGAGCAAAGGGAUGCCAAGUUGGGGGCCACUUUGGGUGGCUAUUUCUUGAAUGCUUAAAGCUCUCUGUUGGAACUCUGUCUGUCUGUCUCUCUUUUUUUUCUCUCUCUAGAAUCACUAUUGAUUUCUAUGUUUCCAUUUCCUUGCUGCACCUUGGAUUUCAUAAAUGGUAGUUAUUAUGGUUAUUGGAUA